AUGAGUCGCGAUAAGGAUAGAGUCCAAGUGUAUUCGAACGAUUAUAGAAAAACGAGCCUCGACCGAAAGCCGAGUCAAGCUCGGCCGAGACACAGCCCGAGAGAUCCCAUCGCGCCCAGCAUCCGUUGUAGCCUGCUCCCGCAUGCGUGGCCCGCAGAGCAGCCCAAGUCACGACCCAGCACCUCACUCAACCCAACAUUUUGUGCAGCCAUGGCCCAACACUUUAGUUUGCCCUGUCGACGAUUCCACGCCGUGAGCAAGCCCUCGCGAGCCCUUCGCCGGCGUCCUCAAGCAUCUCCGCCUCGAUCCGACCUCCAGCGACUUCGGGCCUCGAAUUCUAGCGACCAGCUCUGUACGGCGACUCGUUCUCGGGGCGUUUUAAUCUUCUUUUCACGGGCGACCAUCCUCAAACCUCGUCUGACGGCCAAGCAAAUUUUCGGCGAGAAGGCGAGCAGCGACCCUCGACCUCCGACGGGGCUGCGACCAUCGCGAGUAUCAACCAAAUUGCGGAAGCCCCCGAGAGUUGAUGACCGAAACCAGACGCAAGCCACCGCAACCCGAGCUUUUCCGACAAGGAGCAGCAGCCGCUCGAGGCUCUUAUCGAGCAGCCGUCGUUUCAUUUUCGAUGAACAGCCGCUUUUUCGGGCCCUGGGCAAGAAGAGAAGCUGGUUGACCAUUUUGCCGAGAGCCCGAACAGCCUGUUUUCCACGUCCGGUUACCGAACAGCAGCCCGGUACUUGUCGACCGUCUCCAGGGGAUGUCUGUCAAGCGAACCAACUCCCCUCUCAGCCGAACAGCCACCAAUCGAGAAGUCUCGAGAAGCCCUGCCAACGAUUCCACGCCGUGAGCAAGCCCUCACGAGCCCUUCACCGGCGUCCUCAAGCAUCUCCGCCUCGAUCCGACCUCCGGCGAAUUCGGGCCUCGAAUUCUAGCGACCAGCUCUAUACGGCGACUCGUUCUCGGGGCGUUUUAAUCUCCUUUUCACGGGCGACCAUCCUCAAACCUCGUCUGACGGCCAAGCAAAUUUCCGGCGAGAAGGCGAGCAGCGACCCUCGACCUCCGACGGGGCUGCGACCAUCGCGACCCCCGAGAGUUGAUGACCGAAACCAGACGCAAGCCACCGCAACCCGAGCUUUUCCGACAAGGAGCAGCAGCCGCUCGAGGCUCUUAUCGAGCAGCCGUCGUUUCAUUUCCGAUGAACAACCGCUUUUUCGGGCCCUGGGCAAGAAGAGAAGCUGGUUGACCAUUUUGCCGAGAGCCCGAACAACCUGUUUUCCACGUCCGGUUACCGAACAGCAGCCCGGGACUUGUCGACCGUCUCCAGGGGAUGUCUGUCAAGCGAACCAAGUCCCCUCUCAGCCGAACAGCCACCAAUCGAGAAGUCUCGAGAAG